CUCCCCUGGGCUUUGCGGAUCUGGGGAGGGUGAGGUGGGGGUUUACGUUGGACAGGAUUGUUUCUCUUCCGGCGCUGUACACUGUAUUUGUAAAGGCGUUAGGAUCGCUGCGUCCGCUCGUGACAGACUUUUCCUGCAGACCAAGCCUUCGCGUUUCUGGUCUGGGCUGGUAGCACCGGUACGGUGGCCGAGGAGGUUUGAACGCGCCGGAAGUCGUCCGCGGCGCUCGCGCCUGCCUGGGCUAGAGACGCACGUGGCGCGGGUCCUGAGUGACGCUGAGGGGACCAGAUGAAUGCUCAGAGCCCGCAGUGAUCAGAGGGAGCGGGCCUUCUCUCUCCCCAGGCCGGAGAGAACAUGUCUUUCCGAGGAGGAGGAGGAGGAGGUCGCGGAGGCUUUAAUCGCGGUGGCGGCGGCGGCGGCUUCAACCGUGGCGGUGGCGGUGGUAGCAACAACCACUUCCGAGGGGGUGGUGGCGGCGGCAAUUUCAGAGGCGGCGGCCGAGGAGGGUUUGGACGAGGGGGCGGUCGUGGAGGCUUUAAUAAAUUCCAGGAUCAAGGACCUCCAGAACAUGUCGUGUUGUUAGGCGAGUUCAUGCAUCCCUGUGAAGAUGACAUCGUCUGUAAAUGUACCACAGAGGAGAACAAGGUGCCGUACUUCAACGCUCCGGUGUUUUUAGAAAACAAAGAACAGAUUGGGAAAGUGGAUGAGAUAUUUGGACAACUUAGAGAUUUUUAUUUUUCAGUCAAACUGUCAGAAAACAUGAAGGCAUCAUCCUUUAAAAAGCUCCAGAAGUUUUAUAUAGAUCCGUAUAAGCUGCUGCCAUUGCAGAGGUUUCUACCUCGUCCUCCUGGCGAGAAAGGACCUCCCAGAGGCGGCGGUGGUGGUGGCAGGGGAGGUCGAGGAGGAGGAAGAGGAGGUGGUGGCCGAGGUGGUGGAAGAGGUGGUGGCUUUAGAGGUGGAAGAGGUGGAGGUGGGGGCUUCAGAGGAGGAAGAGGAGGUGGUGGAUUCCGAGGAAGAGGACAUUAGAUGUGGCAGUUGGCAGACCUUACGUCUUCUGUUUUCUCUGCGUGAUCUUCUGCUGUGAUUGAAGUCUGUCUGGAUCCUUGGGGAUGCUGCUCUGUCAGUGGAGCUGAGUCGUCAGCACUGGGUAGAAACAAGUGGGGCAGAACAGUUGCUUGUACCCAGAAAGAGCAUGAAGACCCCGCUCUGUGCAGUACCUGGGACUUAAGCCUGGUGGGUGCUUAAGGAACAACAGGACUUCUCCUCUGAAGCAUACUUGGAGUUUUUUAAAUAAAAUUUUUUAUUUCUUAA